AUGGCGCACCCCAUGUCCCGUUUCGUCGAGUACAACAACGUCCCGUUAUCUCUCUGUUGCCUGAUUCCCAUCAAGUACUUUGCAAGUGCCAUGACAUAUCACGACAUGAGUUUCAUGUUCGGUUUGCCCAAGGGUCUCAUUCAUCGCAUUGUGGACUGCUUUUUGGUGUGGUUCCCCCGCAAGUUCAAGCGUGACUGGGUUCAAUUCCCUGCUGAAGAGUUGCGUGAGGAGAUGGCGCUGGACUUCCGCGCCAUCAAGGGCGUGCCGAACGUCAUUGGAGCAAUCGACGGCACACAAAUCGAGAUACGCGGCUAG